UGAGUUUCCGGUCGGAGGCCUUUGCCCAGCGCCCCGCGUCCCUGAGGGGCGGCGGCGCUGGCGGCGGCGGAGGCAGCAGGGGGAUCCGGAAGUCAACACCAUGUCGAGUCUGCACAAGAGCCGGAUUGCAGAUUUCCAGGAUGUCCUGAAGGAGCCCACGAUUGCCUUGGAAAAGCUUCAGGAACUCAGUUUUAGUGGCAUCCCCUGUGAGGGCGGACUGCGGUGCCUCUGCUGGAAGAUUCUCUUGAACUACCUCCCGUUGGAGAGAGCGUCAUGGACCUCCAUCCUGGCCAAGCAGAGGGAGCUGUAUUCUCAGUUCCUGAGGGAAAUGAUCAUCCAGCCUGGCAUCGCCAAGGCCAACAUGGGUGUAUCCAGGGAGGAUGUGACCUUUGAGGACCAUCCACUCAACCCCAACCCCGACAGCCGAUGGAACACGUACUUCAGGGACAACGAGGUGCUGCUGCAGAUCGACAAAGAUGUCCGAAGGCUGUGCCCGGACAUAUCCUUCUUCCAGAGGGCCACCGAGUACCCCUGCCUCCUCAUCCUGGAUCCGCAGAAUGAGUUCGAGACCCUUCGUAAGCGGGUGGAACAGACGACACUGAAAUCCCAGACGGUGGCCCGGAACCGGAGCGGGGUCACAAAUAUGAGUUCCCCGCACAAGAACGCGGCGCCCUCAUCCCUGAACGAGUAUCAGGUGCUGCCCAACGGCUGUGAGGCCCACUGGGAGGUGGUGGAGCGGAUUCUGUUCAUCUACGCCAAGCUCAACCCUGGCAUCGCUUACGUGCAGGGCAUGAAUGAGAUCGUGGGGCCCCUGUACUACACCUUUGCCACCGACCCCAACAGCGAGUGGAAGGAGCACGCUGAGGCGGACACCUUUUUCUGCUUCACCAACCUCAUGGCUGAGAUCCGGGACAACUUCAUCAAGAGCCUUGAUGACUCCCAGUGUGGCAUCACCUACAAGAUGGAAAAGGUGUACUCCACCCUGAAGGAUAAGGACAUGGAACUCUACCUGAAGCUGCAAGAGCAGAAUAUCAAGCCCCAGUUCUUUGCCUUCCGCUGGCUGACACUGCUGCUGUCCCAGGAGUUCUUGCUGCCUGAUGUCAUCCGGAUCUGGGACUCCCUGUUUGCCGACAACAGCCGCUUUGAUUUCCUCCUUCUGGUCUGCUGCGCCAUGCUCAUACUGAUCCGGGAGCAGUUGCUGGAAGGGGACUUUACCGUAAACAUGCGGCUCCUGCAGGAUUACCCCAUCACAGACGUCUGCCAGAUCCUACAGAAAGCCAAGGAACUCCAAGACUCACAGUAGCCUGGUGGCAAGAGGCCCAGGUUUGGGAGAGAAGCCACCGCCAACCUCUGUGCCCUGGCUUCUGGGACGUGCAGGAGCCUGUGGGGUCCCAGCCAGAGGGGCUGCUACAGGAUCAGCCCGCUCCAGGCCUCUCACCCUGGCCUCUCCCACCGGGGGCCCGCUGUGCCCUGCUCCUUCCUAACCACUGAGCCCUGGCUCCUCCCCCCGCUCCACCCCUUCAAUCCUGGACCCUUUGCCCAGGCUGCUGAGCAAGGCAGGAGCUUGUGAGGUGGUGUCCUGGGGCUGGGGCAGAUGCGGGCCCUGGGGGUAGGCAGGGGCCCCUCCCUGCCUCUGCUCUGCUUCUCUCUUCCUGCUCUCCUGCUCCGUCUUCUGGGCGCUGGUCGGGGAGGUGCUUGGCAAAUGAGCCAGAAACCACUUCUGGAGGUUGGUGCUUGGGCUUCUCCACAGGGAAGGUGACACCGUGAAGGAGCUAAGAGGCUGCCAGGCCCAGGUCUCACCGUCUGUCUCUUUCCCACGGAGUGCACGCGCGCGUGUGUGUGUGUGUGUGUGUGCGUGUGUGCGUGUGUGUGUGUGUGUAGUUGUGGGUUGCUGUGUAUCUUUUAAUCCCUCUCGCGUGUGCUUC